AUGUUCCAACACAAGGCCAACGACCAGGCUUUCAUGAAAGCCAGACAAAGUCAGGACUGUCGGUUCUCACUUCCUGGAUACGGCCGGCCAUUGGACUUUUAUCCAAUAGAGAAGAACAUCUACGGAGUAGAAAGCCGUAGCAUGUUCCCGUCUGCACUCGAUGAUCGAGAUAUCGAGAAUGGAUAUGCCGACUUGCCCGUUCAAACUCUCCGUGAAAUCGCUAUGGUGGAAGUUAUGGAAGAUUUGACUGAUAUUCCCGAGUGGUGGAAAAAGAUACAAGAUCCUAAAACCGCACAGGAGUGGAAGAAGGUGGCUCAGAACAGCGGCUUGGACAUCACCAAAAACAUGACUGAGUGGAUCAUCGAAGAACUGAAGUUCAAAGCACUCAUAUACGAGCAGAGCCACGCCGUAGCCCUCUACAACGGCGACAUGACCAAAUCGGACACGAACGUACCUAUAUCACUGACGGAGGAGCUGAAGUCAGCAGCCCAAGUUCUCGAGUACAGCGACCCCGAACUGAAAUUCUAUCACCCUGGCGGUCUAUCCAUGCAGCGAGACCUGCUUGCCAUGGCCCUUUACCCACUUAUCUACGGCAAGAGUCGCAUCCUUCCAGACACUCUCAUCGGCCUUGAUGAAGCACUUCGUCAUGCAGGACAAGGAGAAGUCAUUCCCAUCCCGAAGGAGACGGGAAUCACUCGCGAAGAUAUUGCCUGGCGUGUAUCCGCACGUUCAGAUAUCAAAGUGAGGCCCUAUAGCCGGAACUUUCAGAUCCUACCAUCGGACCUGGAACUCGGCGACGAUGGAAAAUGGCAUAUCACGACCUACAUCAACAAUCUGCACCCGCUGAAACACCGCAACAUAUACAGUAUCAUUGAGAAGGUGUUUAACUGUCUCGUCCCACAGUGGGAUAUGACUAUGACUCCUCUCAAGGAUAUGUUGCACUCUCGUGCGAGAAUUGAAUACCACAAGGCGGAAUAUUAUCCUGUUCCUAGAGAAAUAAUCGACCAAGCACCGAAGAUUAAGGAUCGAGAGGCACAGUCGGAGUUUGAUAUCCGUUAUGAAAAAUGGAGAAUGGAACACUUCCGUGCUAUUCAGCCUGAUGUUGGUCAAUUCGUUCCUUGGGCUGUUCCGCACUGCAUGAUGGACAAGUUACCAGAAGAUCUCCCUGCCCCUGUGCGCAUUGAGCAGAGCGUUAAUCUCAAUAAGGAUUACAAGGACCGUGGUCUGCAGGUUAUCACGCGGAUGAUGGGCGUGGAUUUGACUCCCGAUGAGCCGUACUACCAAACAGAGUGGCAUGUAGAAGGACAAAUGAAUGAACACGUCUGUGCCGCUGCAUUCCUGAUUUACGACCUCGAAAACAUGGAAGAACCAUCGAUGGAAUUCCGCAACAUAAUCGACAUCGACGCCUUUACCGAAGUAGAACAUGAGCCGAGCGACUUCAUCUGGCUGAAGCAAAUCUUCGGCAUGGAAAAUGGCGAACCAGCCGUGCAACGCACAGGCGCGAUCCAGUGCAAAAUGGGUCGAGUAGUGAUGUAUCCCAGCACCGUUCAACACCGACUCACCAAAUUCGAGCUGAAGGAUAAGUCCAAACCAGGUCAUAUACGCUUUCUGACGUUCUAUCUUAUUGAUCCUAAUAUCAGGAUUAUCUCCACGGCUAAUAUCCCGCCCCAGAGACUGGAUUGGACGCUUAAUGUUGGUGGGGGUGAUGAGGAGAACUUGGCUGCUUCUAUGGCUGCGUUGGCGCUUGACAAUAAGGAUAAUAAGGGUGAUAUGCCCAUGUCCUUGACUGAGGCGCUGGAGGAGAGGCUCAACUUUUUGAAUGAGUUGAUUGAGUUUAUGCGGUAUCAGCAUGUUGCGUUUGAGUCCAGGGUGCUAAUGCUUUAG